CAGAUAACAGAUAUUAUUAUUUAUAUUUCUUUCCUUUUUUUUUUAUUUCCCUUAUAAUAAUAUAUAUUUAUAGAAUAUAUAGUUUUAUAAUAAAUAAAAUGAAAAAAUUUGUAAAUAAAAUUACAAAUAUGUUUGAUGAUUAUUCAAACCCAAAUCAAAAAUUACCCAGCAAAAACCCUCAGCAACAGCAACAACAGCAACCACAACAUCAUUAUGGAUAUCAGCAACCCCCACCUUAUGGACAUAAUAGCAAUAACAAUAUACAAACCAACUCAGCCUCACCAUAUCCUGGUUGUUAUUUAACACCACAGCAACAACAACAAGCAAAUUUCUAUAAUAGAAACCAAAAUAACCAAAAUUAUCAACAACAACCACAACAAAAUAAUUAUUAUAAUGGGAAUAGUAAUAAUAAUGCUAAUUAUCAACAGCCACAACAAUAUUAUUCACCAAAAACGAAUCAAUAUUACUAUGGGUACCAACAGGCACCACCAUUGACAGCACAACAAGCACCACCUUUAUCUCCACCAAUAACAAAUAUAACAAACCAUCAUAAUAAUCACCACCACCAUCACUAUUAUGAUAACACAAACGGGUCACCAAAUUUAAAUAAAAAAUUGUCCCCACCAACAGUAGGAUCCAAAAGUUCAAAUAGGAAUCUUGCAAUUAGUCCAAUACCAGGUGCAUAUGGAGAUGGUGUUCAUGAUGACACACAAGCAGUAACCAAUUAUUUUAAACAGUUUCCAAAUAAUCAAAUUACAAUUCCACCUGGUAGUUAUUUGAUUACUCAAUGCAUUAAUAUUUCAAGAGCUAAUCUUCAGUUGUUAGGCUCACCUGAUGUAAAGUUUUUAUGUAAUUUCCCAAGCUGGCCAAACCAACCAAAAUCAGGAGAGGGUACAAUUGAUACAACUGAAUAUGUUUUUAAUAUCAAUGCCGAUAAUGUCAUAUUGGACUCAUUAAAUAUUUCAUGUGCAUUCGCUUCUCCACUUAGUGCCUCAUGUAUAUAUUUCUGUGGAAACGGAUUUAUAAUUAGAAAUUGUAUUAUAGAUAAUUUUAAUCAAGGUAUUGUUUUUGGUAAAUUAAAUGACUGUAGCGGUAAAGUUCCACCAAACUCUGUAUAUUCAAAUAUUAAAAUUACACAAAAUCAAAUUACAAACAUAAUUGGCUAUGUUCCAUUUAGUAUAUGUUACGGAGAUGGUAUUUGCUUCUUUGGUUGUUUGAACGUAUUGAUUUCAAAUAAUUUUGUAUCUGCUAAACCAGGAUUUACCCCAAGAAAUGGUAUCAACUCGGGUCCAGAGGGUUUUGUUCCAUCUACAAAUGUUCAAGUUUUAAACAACACAAUUCGUGGUGAUUGGGACUAUGCACUAACUACAGAGGGAGGUGAUACAUGCAUACUUCAAAGCAACGAUAUUGAAGGAAGCUGUAUUUGUGGAAUUAUCGAAAGAGGAAAAGAUGUCAAGGUUAUUAGUAAUGUAAUUCAUUUAACAGGUAGAACUAGGGAGGGUGCAUCAGGUAGUACUGGAAUUCAAUUCUAUGGUGUUCAUGGGGGGGAAAUCUCAAAUAAUACCAUUAUGGGAAGUGGUGAUUAUGGUAUGCUUAUUAAACCAUCACAUGAAACUAAAGGUGGAACCGACACACUUGUACAAAAUAACACAGUUGAUGGUGCGUUUGGAAGUUGCAUAAUGUUUGUAGAAGCAAAUGGUGCCAAGGUUUAUAAUAAUGUAAUUUUAGGUAAAACUGAGCAAUGUUCCGUUGGUCUCCAACUCUGGUAUUCAAGUGGAUUGGAUGUUAAAGGAAAUAAUUUAGACAUUCAAGAAGGUACAGCAUGCAUAUGUUCAGGUAUGAAGGAUGUAAAUGUUUGUUCAAAUACAAUGAUGUCAUCAAAAGCAGGUUUUUGGGUGUGUCAAAAGAGCGAUAAUAUUCAAAUUGAAAAUAAUGAUCUAUUAGGAAUUACAGGAAGUAAAUUUGGACAAUCAGAUGAUAAUACAAAUGUUGCAACAUCACAAAACUAUGGUUUGGACUAUAAUCCACCACAAAACAACUCUAAUGACUCUAAAUAAUAAUUUAAAUAAAAAAAUAGUGCGCUUU